CUUCUUCUUCUUCUAUGCCUCUGAAUAUAUGCUUGUUCCUUUUGUGAAUCCCUAAUUGGAUGCUCAUUAACACUAAAACGCUGAUAUUUCGAGGUUCUACAGCAAUCAAGAGAGAGCAAAGAUGAAUUGAAUGGUGGCUUUAGGGGAGAAAUUGACCAAAAAUAUUCACGAUCACUAACUUGUUUGAAUUUGAAUUCUGCAUAUGGGGUUGUGUAGUUAAGCCAAUGUUAUUGUUGCCUUUGACCAAAAGUUGUUUGCUGAAAUGUCUUGCUGGGCAUUUUAAUCCUCUGUUGGUUAUGUUCUGUUGAACUUCUCCUGAAGAUUGCUGCACUCGAGAAUUGCAGCUUUGAUAGUACUUUGAGACUGUAAUGUUCAUGGAGCAGACUUACCAAUACUUGGUGAAAUUGAUUCCGGUUUAGACGAAGUAGUGGAAGAUUAAAAGACGGAGACAAAUAUAAGUUUUUAAAUAAGGGAUUAAGAUGAUGGAAGGAGUUAACUAGUAAGAAGUUCCUAGACCUACCCCCCCUCGAUCCGCACACUCUUACCUCCUCUACCCGCACCUCCUACCCAAAGAAAGCACGAAACCUAAGAGGAUCUACUAAAAGAAGCAAGAAAUGGGGGUAAGCAGGAGGAGGCUGCUGGUUUCAGAUUUCAUCAUGUCCUUCAUGUGGGUCUGGUCAAGUGUGCUUAUCAAGAUGUUUGUUCACACAAUGUUGGGUUAUGGGGCUCAUGAUCUCAAAGGUGAAAUCCUCAAACAUUCAAUAUCUGUCAUCAAUAUGUUCUUCUUUGCCUUCUUGGCUAAAGCUACCAAGGGUGGGGCCUACAACCCUCUCACUAUCUUGUCCGGUGCCAUCUCUGGGGAUCUCUCCAAUUUCCUCUUCACUGUCGGUGCCAGAAUUCCUGCUCAGGUCUUUGGUUCAAUUACUGGGGUUAGGCUCAUCAUUGCGGCAUUUCCAAACAUAGGGCGUGGACCUCGUUUGACCAUCGACAUCCACCGGGGUGCACUGAUUGAAGGGUGCUUGACAUUUGCGAUUGUUACCAUUUCACUUGGACUUUCCAGAAGAAGUCGUGCGAGUACCUUGAUGAAGACGUGGAUAUCCAGUCUGUCCAAGCUGACUCUUCACAUUCUUGGUUCUGAUCUAACAGGGGGGUGCAUGAAUCCAGCCUCUGUGAUGGGGUGGGCUUAUGCUCGGGGGGAUCAUAUAACCAAGGAGCACAUACAGGUUUAUUGGCUUGCUCCAAUACAGGCAACUUUGCUGGCUGUGUGGACUUUCAAUUUGCUAGUUUCCCCACCAAAGGACGAAAAAGAGAAGAUGAAAGAGAAAAAGUCAGAAUGAAGGGGAUUCCUAAAUUAUUGGUGAUCGUACAGUUUGAAUUUUGUAUCACGUCUUUCUCCAGUAUGAUUGCCUGAACUUAAUUUUCUGUUUUUAACUUAACAUGUAUAAUGUUCAGUUAAGGAUGUACGCUUUGUCUCAAUGUUGUAACCUCUCUCAAGAGCGAUUGAGGAUCUCGAGAACCUUUCCAAAUUUCUGUCUUCGCAGGGUGAUUGGAAAAGAGACGAGUAUUUAAUUCUUUUACUACCUUUCAUUCCACUA